GUUGCUCUCAGUCACUGUAGCCGCUCUCCGGUGCGGUAGCUGCUUUACCGAGAAAUAUUCGACGGGAUCUAGGCAGGACCGCUUUACGCAUCAUUUACCCCGAAAACCUCCAUGAUCCACACCUGGACGAGCACUUGACAGCUCAGUAAGAAAAAGAGAGGUUACUAUGAGAACAGAGACGGGGCCUGAUGCGGAGGUGCCACCCCAACACAAGGAGUCUGCAGUCAGCAUGCCAGAGUCAGCCUCAGAUGGCAAAAUGACCAAACAGGAAAACAAGUCUCAAGAUGACCACAGAGAUGCAGAAGACACUUCAGAAAAAAUUACACCUGGCAAGAGCCCUAAAUCUCAUCAGAAAGCCUCCAAACGCUCUAAGACGGUUCCCUUUAAAGUGACUCUUCUGGACAGCUCUGAUUAUGAAUUUAACAUUGAGAAACAGUGUAAAGGGCAGCUUCUCCUGGAUCUGGUGUGUGAACAUCUAAACCUGUUGGAGAAGGACUACUUUGGUUUGACCUUCAGUGAUUCUGACAGCCAAAAGAACUGGUUGGACCCUUCCAAGGAGAUAAAAAAACAGAUGAGAACUUCUCCUUGGCAUUUAACCUUUGCUGUGAAGUUCUAUCCACCGGACCCCUCGCAGCUCAUGGAAGACAUUACCAGGUACUACCUGUGUCUGCAGCUGCGAAAUGACAUCCUCUCCGGCCGACUGCCCUGUUCUUUUGUCACACACGCUCUGCUGGGCUCCUACACUGUGCAGGCGGAGCUGGGUGACUACGACCAAGAGGACCAUGGCUCAGACUACAUUAGUGACUUCCGCUUUGCCCCAAACCAGACCCGUGAGCUGGAGGAGAGGGUGAUGGAGCUACACAAGACUUACAGGGGAAUGACACCUGCAGAGGCAGAAGUGAACUUCCUGGAGAAUGCUAAGAAACUCUCCAUGUAUGGAGUCGACCUGCAUCAUGCUAAGGAUUCAGAAGGGACUGAUAUCAUGCUGGGUGUGUGUGCCAAUGGUCUAUUGAUUUACCGUGACAGGCUGAGGAUCAACCGCUUUGCCUGGCCGAAGAUUCUCAAGAUCUCCUACAAAAGGAGCAAUUUCUACAUCAAGAUCCGCCCUGGAGAGUACGAGCAGUUUGAGAGCACCAUUGGCUUCAAGCUCCCCAACCACAGAUCUGCUAAGAGACUAUGGAAGGUCUGCAUCGAACACCACACCUUUUUCAGGCUUGUGUCUCCAGAACCUCCACCAAAGGGCUUUCUGGUAAUGGGUUCAAAGUUCAGAUACAGCGGGAGAACCCAGACCCAGACACAACAGGCCAGCGCUCUCAUUGACCGCCCUGCUCCCCACUUUGAGCGCUCUACUAGCAAGAGAUACCUCCUUUCUCGCAGUCUAGAUGGAGCAGAAUUCUCUCCGGUCUCAACGCUAGGUGAGAUCCAUGAUGGUCUAUCGCAGAAGAGUGAGAGUGAGCAGCCACAGUGUCUGUCUGGAGACGAAGCUGAGCCUGACCUCAGUCUGGAUCAAGACCAGGAUCAGGACCAGGAUCAGGACCAGGAUCAAGACCAGAGCAGGAGUGAGGAGAUGGUCACAACCCCUACCAGGAAAAAAGACUUUAAGGAGGACGCAGGUGUGGCUGUUGAUAAUAAACAGGAGUUUCUAGAUAAGUCAGAAGAUGUUCUCCUGAAGCACCAGGCCAGCAUCAAUGAGCUGAAGCGAGCCCUGAGGGAGCCCAACAGUAAGCUGAUGAACCGGGAGAAGCGUCUGUCAGAGACAUCCCCAGGCAGCACUCCAGAGAAGAAGGCAGAGGCUGUUGGUGCAGGGGGAAGGGAACCUGUCAACAGCCUCUCGGUGGAGGGCUUCAUCCAGAAGACUGUAUUGACUUCACCCGAGGGCUCUGAGGAAUGGGUGUUAAUCGAAAAACAAGAUGCGUAUCAACCGGACUAUGAAAUGGAGGAAAAAGAAAAGAACAAAGCUAGCACAUCUCCACCUCCUCUGGUUAUUGAUCCCCUUACUAAGAAAAAGUGGGAGACUGAAAAACAAAGAGAAGUUACUAAGAUGAUACACACUGAGCUAAUGGGAGAGGAUGGUAAAGAAACAUAUUUGCAAAUGGAAAGUUUUGCAGGCCCAAAAAUAUUUCCAGUGGAGAAGUCAACUGAAGCAAAAGAAAAGAGCACCAUAAGUGAAUACACUACAUUUUUAUCAAGUACUAAGGCUAAAUCUGAAUUAUGUACAGAAGAUAAAUCAGAAAAAGAGCCUUGCCAACCUGCUGAAUCCAGACCUGAGAACGAGAAGACCCCAAUUCCACAUGUUAUGGUGGAAGGUGCUCCACGCAAAGUCAGAAGAGAGAGAAGACCUCAAAGCUUAAAUUUGGGGAGGUCGAGGGACUUUGUGUAUGAAACAGAAGCUAAAAGUUCAAACAUCACACAAGAUAGUGUAGAGUCUGAUGAGGACAAUAAUACUGAAGAUAUAGAGGAAACUCUGAUUUGUCCUCCUGAAGAGUUCAACUCAGCACCAGACAUAUGGUCACCAUCCAUGGCUGAAAAGCUAAAUCAGCCAGCCACAAAUAUAUCUGUUGGAACACCACUUGAAGAACAUCAAAAGGAGUUCGACAAGGUAAUGGAAAAAGAUUUGCAGAUACCCAAUCAAGGAGCAGCAAGAUCUGAUGAUGCAAGAAAGCUUGCAGAAGGUCAAGAGAAGCCAUGUACCGAAGUGAAGAUUAUGAACACUGAAGACAAACAAGAAAACCAAGAUUCAGUUAAUGGUCCUGGCAAAGAUAAGCUGAAUAGUGUCAAGACUGAUGUCAGAUUUGAGGUCAUGAAAGUUAUCAUGAUUGAUAACUGUAAGAACAAAGAGGAGCCUGGGGAUGUAAUCAAGCAAAGAAUGGAAGGGUUGGGUCUUGAGAAGAAGAUAAACAAUACUGAAUUAGAGAAAGCUGAGGGCAUCCAACUAGCCAACGAGCCAAGAAAGACUAGCCAGAGGGUAACAGGACAUGUAAGAACAGAUAUAACAAGAAUCGUUCCAUUAAAACCUGAAAGAGUGAGAAGCCAGAGUUACAAAGAUGACUUAGAAAUUGGACAAGGCUCGGAAAUUAUGAAAAUUAAUUUUAAAAGAUAUAGUAUGAAUGAAUCUUUCGAGAGGCACUUUGACCCAAGUAAGUUUGAGAGCAGGGACACUAGCUCUUUCUAUGCUAACUUUACCACAAGUCCAGUGAAAGCUUACAAAGGUCAGAAGGAGUCAUCUACGAUGGACCACUUAAUCUCCGAGACCUCUGAGCAACAAGUGUUAAGGGAUUUAGAGGGAUCACCACAAGAAAGAGCUAUGCAGGAUAAUGACACUACAAAACACACCAGCAGAAUGGUCCAUGGAGAUCUUCUGCUGCCCGAGGAGGGAAUUUCAUGUGUCCAACCUCACAUAUCUAGGACCCCAGUCCACCAAAAAAAUGCCCCACCAGCUCCCCCUAUUAAAACAAAGAAAGCAAGAGAAUCAGGUCUUUUUCUGCGCAAUAGUCGCAACUUUAACAAAGACCCAACUCUGGAAGCUGACAAGAAGAACCUUCUGGAGUGUCUGUCCAGCACUACUACUCAUGAAGACCCACGAGAUGAUGUUAAGCAGCGACCUGCCUCCACCGUGGAGGAUGACUAUAAUAGUGAGCUAGCUGGUUUAAAGGACAUCCACCUGGCCAUCGAGAGGAAGUGUUCAAGCAUGACUGUCAGCUCCACGUCAAGCCUGGAAGCGGAGGUGGAUUUCACUGUCAUUAUGGACUUACAUUGUGAGAUGGAUGAAUUUUCAAGAGGCAUGGCAGAGCUGGGCGAGAAGGACCAGCAGGUGGAGAUGGGUAGGGAGAGCUUUGAGGAGCCCCCCUUGUCUCACUCCACCCAUCAUGUGAAUUUGAGAGAUGUAUCACUCAGGAGGGAAUGUUUCAUCGAAGGUCGCCCCCAUCAGGAUAUAGAACCUCCCCCUGUUGCCAAGAAAGAUCCCAGCACAGUGAGUGCUGCCCACAUCUUGAGGAAAGUGGAACCACAUUCCAAUGGCUCUGAAAUUCCUCAUGCAGUUGAAGAGGUCUCAGUUCAUCACUCUAUGCAGGACGAUAAGACUGCUGUCAUCUGUAAGGAGACCAAUAUCUCCAGCACUGACGUCAUACAGCCACAGAAGGUGGACACGAAACAGGAAGAGAGCAGAGCUAAGGAGGUAAAAGAGAAUGGGUCCCCUGUAAGGACAAACAGUCUGGCAAGAAACUUGGUUGUGUCUCCUCUCACCAUCACCACAGAAAAUGUUACCUCAGCCACCACCACUCAAGUGACCAAGACAGUGAAAGGAGGAUAUGCAGAGACCAGGAUUGAGAAAAGAAUCAUCAUAACAGGAGAUGACGAUGUGGACCAACAUCAGGCUCUUGCCAUGGCAAUACAGGAAGCCAAACAACAGCAUCCUGACAUGCUGGUGACUAAGGCAGUAGUAGUAAGGGAAACAGACUCUUCCUAUGAAGAGAAACAUCGGACAUCUGAGUCUUGAUCACUAGAGGUUGCUGUUGCGAACAGUGACAAGAAGAUUAGCUCUGGAUGGAUAUCAAUUAAACGUUGUAUAUUCCAAUCAAGAGAAGAUGACUUACACUGCUGAAAAAUGCCCAUAAAACAAACCACCCAUGCGUUCAGCUCUCCCUACCUACUGCUGUGGCCCCUCUGUCCUUCUGUUUAGCCAAACAUGACUUCAGACCAACAAUAUCCCAUUAUCUGAUGUCAAUACAAUGUACAGCACCAUGCAGAGUAUUUGACUUCAGUAUAACAACAGUAGUCUGAAUCAUCUGAAGUCUUUAAGAGCUUUAACCCUGAAUUGUAUAAAUGUCAAUAGUUUAACCUUAAAUUUAGAGUGGAUUUGAAAAAAAUAAUAAAAAUAAAAUAAAUACUGAAAGUGUUGCCAAAAUUACACCAUGCCAUCAUGUAUGCACUUGUCGUGACAUCAGACUUUUUUUUUUUUUUUUGUCCAACAACUUCCUGGUACACUAUUAUUUUGCAGUUACAGCGUGAACUAUAUAUUUCUCAGUUCAAAAGAACAUUGUUCAGGAGAUUCGGUCUUCCAUUUUGGAUUCAUACAUGGCUUUCGAGGAUUCCCUGGAAGAAAGUUUGCAGAGGACACAGAAGUUAUGUGUCUGUGCUGGCCUCGAAAGAUGGCCAUUGGCCAGCCUCGAGUGUUAACUGUCACUAAUAUACUCCAGUGCUUUCUUUUUAGAUUUGUAAAGAUUUUUAAAUAAUAGUUGAUCAAAUUUUUGCUUGUUAAUUAUGAAUACUUAUCAAUUAGAUUAUCAUAUGCAUUUGCAUGAAAUAAAACCUAGAUUUUGAAUGGUGGGAGCACUCAUGCGACAAUGCAGAGUGUAUAACUGAUCAGUUAUAAAGGGUAUAGAUAGUUAUACUCUGCAUGUAAAAACAACUGAAGUGACAACACAGAUUUACACAUCCCAUAAUAAACAACAGACAUGUUCAAGUGGUGUAUAUCGGCUUGAAAUCCAUGGGUUGCCACUAAGUUGUGACAUGUCAACAAAGCAAAAAAAAAAACAAAAAAAAAACAACAACAACAAAAAUCACUUUCCUUUCUUCGUUUCUGGGUGAAACCAAUCUCUCCAUUGUGAACUUGACACCCAAAAUGUAUUGCGAUGAGUCCAGUUAAAAAAAAUCUACCUUAGAUGGUGGACAAAGCAAGAAAAACCAUUAUUAUUCUUAUAUAUCAUUAAUAACCCAAAAGUAAAAAUGUCCCAUCUAAUUAAAAUUAAAAAUGGGCUAUUUUUCUUACUGUUGUGUAUUUUGAUUGCUAUUUUAUUUUUGCACAAGGAGCUCUAUAUGACACAGAGUUGCUGCCUUGGUAAAGUGUUCCAAAUCAGUUUCAGGGAGAAUGCUUCUUAUGUUUGCAAUAGACUGCAAGGUGGCUUACAGGUUUUGUUGCAGUUACCAAAAUGAUGCUUUGAUGGGUAAUAUUAGAAUUUAUAUCAGUACAAUUUUAAUAGAUAUGUUUUAUUUAAAUGUCAGUUAUCAUGUAAGGAUGUGUUGUAUUUGUCUUUGCAUUCAUUUUAAGUUAUGCUGUAUGACUUUGAUUUUGUAUUUAUGAUUGCUGAAUGUUAGCCCUUGGGUUUUCCAUCUCCAAAGCUUCACCAUACAGCAGUGUGAUUAUUAUAUUCUGUCUCUCUAUGUGCAUAUUCCAACAUAUAAACAUACAUAUAGUUGUUUAAAUCAAAGAUAAAUGACCAUCAUAUACAGUAUAUUCUAUGCAUUAUAAAUAGCCUGAGAAAACAGCGAACUGAGGGGAUUUGGAUACUGUGAGCUGUUCUUGUCAAGUAAUUUGCAAUAAAUAAUAUGUUAAUAGAUGAAACUGUGAUUAUGCAUACUAUGUUUGUUGUACAUUAUGUUUAUAUGCACAGAUGUGUCACUGUUAACCAUGGCUCGGUCUCUGCACAUACCCUACUGUACUUCUCACUGCUGUGUCCUUGGGAAUGGAAGACCCUCGGAACAUGUCUGAUCUGCUGUUAAAAAAGGCCCCAUCACACAAAGGAUGUUUAUAUUUCCAGGGUAGUAUCACUGGAGGCCCUGGUCAUUUACUGCAAGCAUGUUUUAUUUCAUGAGCAGGCCGAGGCGGAAUCUGCAGAAUUCUGCAGAAUGGAUUUAAACAUAGUAAAAUGUCUUAAAUGGAACAGUGGUUUUCAAAUGGUGGGUCACAACCCAAAAAAUUGGUCACAGGUCUAUUCUAAUGGGGUCACGGACAUCAGAGAAAAAACAAUGCUAAAUGCAAUAUUAAAAUGCAACUAACUAUGUAAUUGUGUAUAUUUAGGAUAGCAAAAUAAAUGGGCUUAUAAAUGAGCUAUGAACUUUUUAAAGGGAGGAUAAAAUGCUCAUAUGUUUUACUGUUGAUGUCAAAUGCUGUCCAUCCAAUCAAACUAUGAAGUAUUUUGGUGCAAUUUCCUCAAUCACUUAGUUGAAUUUAGCCAAACUAGGCAGAUGCUAACAUGGUUGCUUGACAUCCCCACAUCUUCAAAAAUCAUAAUGUUAAAACAUUUUAAUUUAAACAUUUUGAUUUUAAGGACAUUUUCGAUUACAUAUCAGUUUUGGUCACCACUUGAUAUCCAAUGUAAAGUCUGAAACCUAAAGCAAAACCAGUUAAGAAUAACUGAGCUAGACUGUUAUUGGUAGCUGAAAGUAUCAAUUCGGCACAAUAUUUGAUGUACACUCAUCGCACACGGCUGGAGAAAUGUAGAGCUUUGUGAAUGAUGGCUUUUUCUAUUCUGUGGAGAUCUGUGGCUGCAAAUUCUAUGUAGGCCUGCUCAUAACAUGUUUACCUACUGUUUAUUUUGAAAGAAAAAAAUAAAAGAUUAAUAUGUGA